AUGACUGUUGCUCAUGCUGUCAAAAAAUUGAGGGCUCAAGCUUUAAGAAUGAAACUUCCGCGUACUUCGAACAAAGUAGGGACUUGCGCGGCAUUUACUGCAGCGGUUGCAUCGAUGAGACGCGGGAGAGGCCAACAUGAUUGGAUUUCGAGCCAUCAAGAAGAUCUAGAUUGUCCAACAUGGGCAGAGAGAAAGACAUGA